CCCAAAAUCCAUAGCCACUCUGCAAAUUGAACAAAGACCCAUUCGUCCUUGGAAAAUCCCAGAUCUCCAAAAAUGGAAUUUUUGCAGAGUCACAGGGUAGAUAUGAUAAGCAUGGCUGUUGCUCUUGUUGCCAUUGUUGGUGGCACUGCAUACUAUUACUAUGUCACCAAGAAGCCUAAAGGGUGCCUGGAUCCUGAGAACUUCAAGGAAUUUAAACUUGUUAAACGCACUCAACUCAGCCAUAAUGUUGCUACGUUCAGAUUUGAUCUUCCUACUCCUGGCUCAGUGUUGGGACUUCCUAUUGGACAACAUAUCAGCUGCAGAGGGAAAGAUAGUCUUGGUGAAGAAGUCAUCAAACCAUAUACUCCUACAACAUUGGAUACCGACGUUGGAUACUUUGAAUUGGUUAUAAAGAUGUAUCCACAAGGAAGGAUGUCUCAUCACUUUCGGGAGAUGCGUGAAGGUGAUUACAUGGCUGUGAAGGGACCAAAGGGACGUUUUAAGUACCAGCCCAACCAAGUUAGAGCUUUUGGUAUGAUUGCUGGUGGCACUGGCAUCACCCCAAUGUUUCAGGUUACAAGAGCUAUACUAGAAAACCCACAGGACAAAACUAACAUAAAUCUGAUAUAUGCCAAUGUCACAUACGAAGACAUUCUUCUAAAGGAAGAGCUGGAUGACUUUGCCAUUAAGUUCCCAAAUCGAUUCAAAGUUUAUUAUGUUCUAAAUCAGCCACCAGAAGUAUGGGACGGCGGUGUUGGGUUCGUAUCCAAGGAAAUGAUCGAAACAAAUUGCCCUGCACCAGCACCGGAUGUUAAGAUAUUAAGGUGUGGACCACCUCCCAUGAACAAGGCUAUGGCUGCUCAUCUUGAAGCUCUUGGAUACAGUCUCCAAAUGCAGUUUCAGUUUUAGUUCUUGGAUAAGGCUAUAUUACCUUUUUCUUUUUAAAAUAUAUAGCAUUUUUUAGUCCAAUGUCAACAUUCGGACAUUUAAUGGUAUUUUAUUUCCAGAUUUAACAUAGUAAUCCAGGUUACAAU